UUAAAACUUCAUAUUGAAUGAUUACGUCGAAAUUGCGUGGGGCUGGAAAACUUUUUUAUGUAGGUCGUAGGAAGAUAACUCGAAAAAUAUAACAAAGACUCUUUUUCAUAAGAAGACAAAUAUAUAUCACAAAAGUUGGCUUUCAAAUAGAUAAUAACUACAACUACAACAAGUAAAUAUGAAAAAAAAAAUAGUAUUAGCUGAUAAUAUAUCCUUGGAUAAUAUGAAGAUAGUAACGGAGUAAAUGGAGUAUUAAAUAUAUUCUUUUUAUUCUUCAGCGCAAUUGAUCACUGAGUUGAUAACGUGGAUGUACAGCCGAUGGGUAUAUUUAAUUAUGCCAUGGAUGAAGUGAAGCUAUGAAGCAGAAUAUAUAUGUAUGGCAGGAAAAGUUGCGUGGGGUACAUAUAUGUUAUAUAUAUGAAAGAGUCUCUCUGUGCUCCGUUCUGGUAAAAUGUACUCCAGCAUAUAGUACGACGACAUUAGAGUACGAGAAGGAAAUCGAUUGCGUGGCAGAACUGUGUAGAGAAUAGAAGCAUUUGAUUAUGUAUCCAUGCAUGCAUAUUACUCUCUACCACUACUCUAAUGCUACUGAUAACGCUUUACGUAUUUGUCAUUCCGCAGGUAGAGGAACGUCGUAUAGUACUGUAUCGGAGUUCGUAGCCAAUAUAUAUAUGUAUAUGUAUAUGUAUAUGUAUAUAUGGAAUAGUGUAUGGAUGUAUGUGUGGUACACUAGUGUAGGAAUGGAGUAGUCGCAGCAUGAGAGCCCCUGAUAUUGCGAUUAUCCACGUCUUUGUUGGACACCCACGCCCACGUAGUUUAUCUUUAUCAUGCUGCUGUGGCUGUGUCUUUUUCUGUGUUGAUGGAGAAGGACGCCGACGGCGACGGCGUCGAGGAUGGUAUUGAGAACGGAGGCAAAGAGAGUGAAGGGAACGGGGGUAGACAUCGCGACUCUACGGCCGGUCAGUAGCUCCCUGGCAGUCAGAGUGCGCGGCUGUGUGAAACCGACUUGUUGAUUUAAAUUUGAAUUUUUAAAAAAAGUUACCUGGCUGCGAGUUUAUUUAAACCGAGGUUGGUUUUACUGAGGGUGUCAACUGAUGAUUGUUUGGUUUAAUGAUAGCGUAUGUAUGUGGAUGUAGAUUUAUGCAGAUGAUAGUUUGAUUAAGUUGAGGAUACUGGAGGAAAGAAGAAACGAGGAUAGUGGUUUAUCAUGCCGAGUACUCGCGGGCAGAUCGAUUCAGCGGAGUAGUAGAGGAUAUGAAAAUCGCGACGCCUGGUCGUCGAGUAAAAUUUCACCAGUGUCUGCUCGUUGCCACGCCCGCGAUCACGGUGUCAUUAAAUUCGAUGACAAAUGGACCGUGGAUGGACACGGGUGGGCCGAUGUCGAGACUCGCUGUCGGUGGAUGAACAAUUCUAGCAGGUUAACGUUUAAAUUGACACUCGGCCGAGUCGAUGCGAACGAGCAGGUAGAAGAGCCGUUGGAUGGAGCGAUGAGCGCUGCCCCCACCCGGGGCCAAUCGCCCCGACGUCAGAGACGCCACCGACAUCGACAUCGUCACCACCAGCAUCGACGGCGACAUCAUCACCUGAGAAAUAAUAAUAAUAAUAAUAACAACAACAAUCCCCACGACGACGGCGCAUUUCACGAGCAGUGUCGCUACUCGUCAGACUGCCAGGAAACUCGUGGUGACGAUCUAGAGACCACUGAAACUAGUAAACAAACACGCGAGGAAGGCGAAACUCGUCCGAAAGUAAACCCGAUAUUCUUGUGGGCUCUCCAGCGAGAACAGAAAAUAGUUGAAGUACGGUGCGAAGACUACGACAAGAGAAAUAGAAUAAAGUUGACUAAAACUCCUUACGGGUGGAGAUCGAUACCAAGAACUUCCUCGAGUGUUUAUAAUUCUUGUCACUGUACGGGUAGAUCGAAUUAUUCUGUUAAUAAGGAUAAGCCAACGUCGUCGUCGCCUUCUGUGUCGUCGAGUUGUGUUCCGUGUUCGAUGUCAUCAAAAAGUUCAUCUUCUUCACCCUCGUCGUACUCUGAGUCGACUUCGUUUUCCUCGAGAUCUUCGGCCUCUUACAUGGCGAAUAAAAAUAAGGACACGUGCGUUGUCCCAGAAGUCAGUAGAAAGGAAUCAGUGAAGCGACGUCGCAGAUCACGUUAUCAUGUUUCGGAUGACGAAAGUGACGCGACGAGAAGCUCAUGUAGAAAUUCGAGAAUAAGCUUCGAUUUGUCGUGUGAUGAUCAUCAGCAUGAAGAGGAUCCGGAUGACAGAGAUGACGAUUACGAGGAACGGGAAAGAUUUGACGAUCAUGAUGUUCAUGAUGGCGACUAUGAGUUUGAUGACACGCAGCAUGAAAACUCAAGAUUCUUAACUACAACAUGCGGUCGUAAAACUUUUGGAUUAAUUGAUCUAGAAAAAGUGCAGAAGGAUUCGUUACUGCAACCGCGUGUUGUUUUGGAGCCGCUCAAUCCCUCGCGGUAUCGCUUUAGUAAUUUGAUUGAGAGCUCCAAGUUGGACGACGAUAUCGAAAUGGUGGUUGAGGAUGAUGAUGUUGUAGAACAAGGUGUAGAAAGUGUUAAAGAUAAUAAUAAAGACAAUAAUAAUGAUAAUGAUGACGGAGUUAGUAAAAUUGAUGUCAAUUCUGUUUCUGUUUCUGUUGUAAGAGCAGAAGAUACCGAAGAAGAAAUAGAGGAAAUUGAGGAUGAUAUUAAAGAUAACGUUGAAGAGCUUGAUGAUGAAAAUGCGACGGUCUUCGAGUACGAUGAUCGUGACUCUGUGGAGAUGAUGGACGAUGAGGAACUCCAUGAGCGCGAAGACGACGUACUGAGUCCUGAUAAGCUUCCGGACAGUGAGUUUUAUCAAGUAGCGCAUUCUGUUCCUACGAAUAAAGUCCAGGAGACUUGUUUUGAGGAUGACAUCAUCGAGGAAGAUGUGGAUCAAGUACAAGUUAAUGAUAUGAAAAUUGUAAAUCACAGACCUAGAGUACCUGGAAAUAUUCCUCUGCCAGAUCUUAAACCUAUUAAUGAUUCUGCUGACAAGCCCCGUUUUCCAAAGACACUGCAGAUCACUCGAACGUGUUCGCAACAAGUUCCUCCGAGUCCUCCGUGUUCUGUGACCUGUUCCGAAGACGCAUCGCGACCAGAGGUAAUCAGGAACAGAGUUAUGCCUUCAGUGAUGCCUGAAAAACGUCGACGGGAAGCUCCGGAUUUGAUAGAAGUUAAGCCGACCGAGUGGAGAAGGCGAGAAGCUUUGAAACCGGCGAAUCAACUCAGGGAGUUAAUUAGAAAAUCCGGUGGAUCUAUUCCAGAUCCACUUUUAGUACCGCGAGAUCGUCUGCCGAUUCUAGCGGCGUCUCCAGCAAUCGAAAUUCCCCGAUUGCUUAUCACGAGACCAGACUUGCGACUUCCUGAGGCUCUAUCGCACCCAGAACUUCUCUCCGAUCCAGAUUUAUUAGUAAUCUCACUAUCACAUCUCCAGCAAGUUUUGGACGCCGUCCCCGAGUCUCGUAAUCGUGUGCAAGAAGAUAAAACUCAAGCCAAAUCUAACAGUAAUUAUCAGCAACAGCAGUACCAGCCGCAGCAUCAUCAGCAGCAGCUGCUACAGCAAGACAAUCAACAUCACCACAGUAAUAACAAUAAUCAAAACUCGUCAAUGUCAACGCAUUCUGAAAAAAAGAGAUUGUCUUGCAAGCCAAUAGGGAGUCUCAUGCCAGCACCAAUCGACCUUUCCCGACACUCGUCGUCUGCUGUAUCUCCAGCCCAGAAUUCCAUUCUAAGGGUAAGGACUGGACUACUCAGACAGGAAUCCGAAGUAACAUCAACAGCACGAAUUCCUGGAGACGAUUCCCGUCUCUGGCAUCCGCUUUUUGGCUGCAGGCAAAAAAAUGAAGAAAAAAUUCAAACGAAAUCUAUACAUCAGUCUCAAGACAGCAGACUCCAGCAUCCUGGUAAUUAUCAACAAUCUCAAGACACUAAUUCGCAUCGUGUGUCCUGGCACCGGACUACCUUAGCCUCCUGACGUUUAAUGGAUAUCAAGGUUUUAAAUAAUAAACAGCCUGGAAAUAAGACAAAGAGAGCAAGUCAAACUCAAGUGCAAUAGUAGUAAAACAAAAAAAAAGAAAAAUACAAAUUAAAUAAAUAAUAAUUAUAAAUAAUUGUAGUGCAAUACAACGCAAUACAAUAGUGCGAGUGUGAAUUAAUCAAAGGGAAAAUUAUAAAUUUUCUAUGGUUUGUUCAAUUGUUAAUUCUACACAUUUUACGGGAUUUUUUUUUUUUUAAUUAAGUUAUUGUCAUUUUAAAAAACCAUCGUGUUCGCGGUUAAUAGCAAAUCGUUAACUCUUAGGAAGGAGUAGUUGCGUGUUGGGAUUUACCAGAGAGUAUCGAUUUCGGUGCAUUGACCCACCGGAUUGAAAUAAGAGAAUGAAAUACAAUAUACGAUGCAGAAACGAUUUUAAAUUAUUUACAUAAGUUUAAAUUUUUAUUUAUAAUUAUUAUUAUUAUGUCAUAUUAUUUUUAAUUUUUAAAUAAUCCCUUUGUCGGUCGCAGGACUGCGUUAACCAAAUGCAUAUACUAGCGUAGCUUAAUCAGUAAAUAAUUGUAUAUUAAUUAAAUAAUUAAUUAAUUGGUUAUAUGAAGUUUUAUUCCAGACUAUUUAUUCUAAGGGAUGAUUGAAAAAAAAAUGGUGGAUUUGACACUCGAAUUUGUGAUAGAUUAGUAUUGCGAUACUUUUGUUGUUGAGUUUAAAUUUUUGAAUUUAAAAAUUAAUUGUUAAUCAUUUUUUUUCUUCAUUAAGAUUUGAUUGUUUGACUAUUGAUUUAUUGAUACGAAAAAUUUCUUAUUUUUAAUGACAAAUAUUUUUUUUAUCAUUAAUAAGUUUGUUAAAUUUUUUUUUUAGAUUUUUAAAAAUUGUUUGAUAUUUUUUAAAAUUAAUUUUAAAGUUACUGAGUUCUGUUUGUUACUUCACAAUUUAAAUAUCUUGGACUUUAACUCCUGGUUCAAAGGUGAAUUUUUUUUUUAUAAAUGUAUAGAAAAUUUUCUUGUGUAAAAAAAAAUUAAUGUACCUUUUUAUUGUUUUAUCUUGCAUAAUUUUCACGGUAUUUUAAUUCAAUGAACGCGUUACAGAGAUAAAUUCUUUAAAGAAAUUUUACUCGGCGAACUUUUUUGUCUCGUAUAUUUUAUCUUGCAUAAUUUUUUUUUCAUCGCUUUAAAUUUAACUUUUGUUUUACGCGCGACCAACUAUUGCUUGUUUCAAAAGUAUUCGUUCAAAUUAUUUUAUUAAACUUUAAAUAUCUUUAAAAGUAUGUAAGAUAAACAUAAUUAAUUUAUUAAAUAAAUAUUAAUCAUUAAUUUCGUUUAUUUAAAUGUAAAUAAAAUUACUAGUUUUGUUAAUUAAUUACUUGAUUAAAAAUGGGAUCAAAUUUAAUAAUUUAUACAGAAUAAUUAAAUUUUAAAUAUUCUUUCUACUGAAAGAAAGUGAUUUAAUCAAAUCCAUAUAGAUUUUAUAUUUCUCUUUAUCAUUAAUCAUUGAUGUUUUUUUUUCAAAUUAAUCCAGGGAAUUAAUAACAAUAAUAUUAAAUAAUAAUUAACAGAAGUUUAAAUAAUAGUAAUUUGUGCCCUGAUGUAUAGAUUUAUCAUCUAUGCAGGUGCUAAUUGUACAUUUUUUUUUUUUAUUCAAAUUUCUUUUUUCUUUUUUUUUAGUCUACUGUAAAAAAUUUGCGGAGUGAACGGAUUAAAUCCGGAGAGGAUGACUGCGUACUUAUUUCAUUUCUUCGGAGUAAAAUUUACUCCAAAGGGGAGUCAUUUUAAAUUUUAAACUAAGGGUCGCAGUGAAAUUAACUUCUAAGGAGUUUAUUUUAAUAUUAAAACACCGAACUGGAGUGAGUUUAAAUCUGAAAAAAUUCUAGAUCACUCCGAAAUUACUCCACUAGAUAAAUAAAUUCCAUAUUUACUCCGUAUUCGGAGUGAUUUUUCUAAAACUCUAGAACUCCGAAUGACGGACUAAAUUCAAAUUUAAAUAAAAUUCGUAAUUACUCUGCUUCACUCCGAAUUUUUUACAGUAAAAUGUAAACGAUUUUUAAAAAUUAUAAUAAGAGUAUACACGUGCAAUAUCUUUCUUAGUCAAUGAUGUAACAUGAAAGAAUAAAAGAGAAUGAGAAUAAUAAAUAUAUGACUAAUAAAUAAAUAAAUAAAUAAGUAAAUAAUGAAAGAAAAAAAAAACAAUUGUAGAUAUGCUUUUAGAUAGGCGACAAAAUAUUUGUAUUUAUAUUUAUGUAUUUGUAUCACAAAAAAAAAAAAAAAAGGAAAAAAAAUUAAGUACUUGUACUAGCAUCGCUAAUAAUUAAAAUUUUUAUAUUUUAUCUUGUCAAUAAAAAAAUCCGAGAGUUUAGUGGAAAAGGGACCGUAAAUAUAUCGAUAAUUACUUCCGUUAUAUGUUUGAAAGUGUAAUUAAUCUUGAAAAAAAUAAACAAAUUGUUGGGAGAAUAUUUUUAGUUAAUAAUCAAAAGUAGUAAAGUCUGGUGAUAAAAAUAAGUUACUGAAUAAUUACACAUUAUCAGGUAAUUACAGCGAAAAAAUUAUAUGAAUAAAAAAAAAACAAUAACAAGAUAAACUAGACGAGGAAUUUUAUAAUUAUUUAAAUAAUGCACAUAAAAAUAAUAUUUUUUUUUAUUAUAUAGUUAUUAUUAUAUUAUUAUGAUAUUAAUUAUUAAUUAUUAACUAUGUUUAUUAUUAUUUAGUAAUUGUAAUAAUUGUUUAUAAUGAGAAGAUGGAGGAAAAUUGUAUAAAAUAUUUAUCAUUACAUUGAAUAAACAUAAUGGUCACUAUUGA